UCAGCCUGCGUCAGUUCUCCUCCUCCGGACUUUGGAGAGAGAGAAAGAAAGCGGGAGAGCAGACAGCAGCAGCGCCACAGUAGUGCGCGUCUCUGGGGGGAAGUGAAGCGUUUUCCCAUCGACUGUGACCGGAUAACCUUCUGAGGAAAACCAGUGUGUAGACAGGACAGGAUCUGUGCGUCUCUUCUGUAACCAUGGGGGAUGUGGUUUCCUCUCACCUGGAUGAGAGCAGGCGGGAGAUGAUUACAGGUCGGACCAGGGAUGUGAUGAGUGAGUUUGGUGCUACGUAUGAGCAGCAGUAUGCCGUCGCUCUCUUCAACUCUGUGCGUUAUGAGAUAGAGGGAGGAGGGGGAGCACAGUCACAGCUGCUUCACAGAAAGGACCCCCUGGCAGGCAGAUCGAUCUUCUCAGGGAGUCUGUAUCAGCAUCUGGAGGAGAAUCGGAAGUUCAGAAACCGCUUUGUAUCCGUGCCAAAUACGUACAACAUCAGCCUCUAUGAGGGCAAAGCUGCACAUGAUCGAGGGCUUCACCCAAAAACAACCAUCAACUGUGCUGGGUAUAAGGCACUGGCCUCAAUGGAUGAAUACAUGGAGCUGAUGAAUAACAGCCUGCCAGUGGUGAUUUUGGAUACAAGGUUUUGGCCUGACGCCAGCAAUAUGCCAGAAUGGCACUUGACCACAUCAACCUUGGUCCUCUACUGCUUCAUCUUCUGUCAUCAAGGCCUUCACCAGGGCCAUGCUCCAUCUCUCCAGGUAUCCUUACAGCUGUCACCCCCCAUGAUGCAGGUGACAGCCCCUGAGGUCUGGUCCAACCCACAAGGUCCCAGGCAUGGUAUAAAGGCCAAAGUCAGCAACCAUCCAUUCAUCAAGUGUGCAACGCAGUACCCCCUAAUCCUCUGGCACCCGUACGCCCGCCACUAUUACUUCUGUGUGAUGACAGAGAAGGAGCAAAAGAAGUGGCACGCAGUGCUGCAGGACUGCGUCCGACACAGUAACAACGGUCUGCCAGAGGAGCAAACAGUUCAGACGCCAGCCUUCACUGACGCUGUGAGACUUUACAGACAAUCCAAGGGACACUAUGGGACCUGGGAUAUGAUGUGUGGAGAGCCCCCACAGAUUCUGGCUAACCUUGUCAUGGAGACCCUCCAUCCAGAGCUGAGAAACAUCAUCGGUCCUCGUCUCAAGGGAAAGAUGCAGCAGAGGCAGAGGAACUGGAUGUUGAUCUCUGAUGCCGUGUACAAGCAGGUCCUUACACAGACCACUGGGCAGUUUGAGGCGCUGGUCGACACCUGUGAGGCCCAGAGGUCUCAGCUGGAUGCAAGAUUAAGAACUGACAUGGACCAGCUAAUCACAACUAAGGAGCAUGUCAGCAACAAGAUACGAGCUCUGGUGUUACCCAAGGCGGAGCAAACCCUACGGUCAAACGUCCAGCCCUACAUCAGCUCCAUCCUGGAGGCUCUGAUGGAUCCAACCAGCCGAGGUUUCUCUGAGGUCAGGGACAUUUUCUUUAAGGAGCUGGUGGAGAUCAGCAAGAACUCACUGAACGAAGGGGGCAAAGAAAAACUUGGAGAGCACAUGGACAGGCUGUCCAUGCUCGCCUUCCACCCAGUGAAAAUGCAGAGCUGCUAUGAAAAGGUGGAGGAACUAAACCUGGAGGGGCUGCAGCAGAGAUUUGAUGUCUCCAGCCCUUCAGUGUUUGUCAGCAGAGCUCAGAUCCUCAUGAGAGAGCAAAUGGACAAUUCUGUGUACACAUUUGAGCAGCUGCUGAAUCAGUCAUUAAAGACUCAGGGAGAAGAAGACAUGUGCAAGACCAUCCAAAAAUGCCAAGACCGGGUUCUUAAGAAAUACGACUAUGACAGCAGCACUGUGAGAAAGAAGUUCUUCAGAGAGGCUCUCCUGCAGAUCAUCAUCCCCUACAUGCUGAAGCAGCUGUCACCAUCCUUCUCAACUGAGCUUCCUCGCUUUAAGGAGCUAAUCUUUGAGGACUUCUCCCGCUUCCUGCUGGUGGAAAACAUGUUUGAAGAGGUGGUGCUUCAGUCCGUCUCAAAGGACAUUAUGAUGGCUGUGAAGGAAGCAGCUGUCCAGAGAAGACACAACCUCUACAGGGACAGCAUCAUUCUGACAAAUAGCGACCCCAACCUGCACCUCCUGGAAGAAAAUUCCCAGGUGGACUGGGCCACAAAGUUUGGAGGUGAUGAGACAGAGGGACCACUGGGGGGUGGCGCUGUUGGUUCUGGAAGCAGACGCAGGCAGGUGGUGUCCAUGAUUCAACUGGAUGGGGUUCCUCUGCCAUAUGAGUCCUGCCUGGAGGUCCCAGGGGUGGAUCUGAUUCCAGAGGAGGGUGCUGAAGUGUCUGAGACUAAAAAAAAUGACAAGAAAGAGGAGGAAAAAGAAGAUGAGGAGGAAGAGGAGGAAAAAGAAGAUGAGGAGGAAAAAGAAAAAGAGGAGGAGAUGGAGGAAAAGGAGGAGGGUGAGGAGGAGGAGAAAGAAGAAGAGGUUUUUGGACCACUGGAUGAUCCAAAGUCCCCCGACAGCGUGAAUGAGAUCAGAGGUCUGAUCAACCCUGUGGUGGAGAUGGUACUUCCUGCUUCAGAGGAAAAUCUGAGCGAAGACAGUGAUGAGACAGAGCCGCCCAUCAGCACAAUCACACUAGAGGAUGGAGUACAAGAGGAUGUGACACAUAUAACCACGGUGGUAGAGGACGUCCCCAGGAAAUCCCUGCAAGACAAGUCAUCCCCGCAGUCACUCCUCCAACAGCUCAAAGGAAGCAGGAAGAAGAAAGUAGACCCAGAUCAUCAGGAGGAAACAGCCAUCAAGAACGUCAUUGACAAAAUAGAGACAGCGGUGCAGGAAGACGACAGCGAGCGGAUUGCUGAGGUCUCUGCAGUAGAAUCAGAUUGUGAGUCGUCGCCAAAGCCGCUGUUGGCUACAGACACUAGCUCACAUGGUGACAGCGGCUUCCAGUCACCAACCAAUGAGGGUCUGGAUGAAGGUGAGCCCCAGCCAAUCACAAAUGGUUUCAAUGGAGAGGACAAAAUUAUUGACCCCAUAGAUGUAGAGGUGACUUUAGCGUAGGACGACAGUCCUCUGUACAGAACUCUUUAACAGCUGGAGAGAAAUGGAAGCAGCAGCAGAUGUGCCCAAUUUAAGGGAAGAAGAGUGGGAUGAAAAAAGAUUUUAUUUAAGGUUUUACUCAAAAUGUUUUUUAUCCAUUGUUGUUAAUGUUGAUCACUCUCACAACCUUUACUUUUAGACUAGUUGGUGACAGGUAGGGAUGUAACAAUGCACUCAUCUCAUAAUGUGUAAAAUGAUACAGCAUAAAUAUCAUUUUAUUGCACAUUUUAAAUCAUUUUUCAAGUUUUAUUUAAAAAAAAGUGGGAUUUAAGUAAAUGUAUGGGUAAAUAUUAUUUUUUAUCAAAUCAGUUCUUUAGCAGUAUGAAUGCAAAAUAUGCUUCUUCCCUAAAUUUCAAAUUGUGAGUCUUAAAGGUCAAAAUACUGAGUUAAUAGUCAUAGUUAGGAGCUUAAAUGAUCAAGAUAUAAGAUGAAAUUCAAAAUCAUGAGUUUAAAAUUAGAUAAAAUUUAAAAUUGUGAAUCUAAAAGGUCAAAAUAUGAGAUAAAAAAGUCAAAAUAAUGAAUUCAAAAAGUAAAUAUGAAACAAGUCGAAACCAUGUAAGUUUACAUCUUCAAUGUGAGAUGCAAAAUUGAAUUUAUGAGAGUAAAACAAAAUAAUUUAUUUUCUCACAUUUCUGACUUUUUAUCUAAUUAUUCUCACUCUACUUCUUCAAAUUUUUAUGACUUAACAAGGAUAUUUGAAAUCAUCAAAGUUAAGUUGAUAUUUUUGUACUGGAAGAAAUCUGCAGACCUCAUACUUGUGGGCCGGUUGUAUUAAAAAAAACACCAUGACUGUACCAUUGAGCAAUUUGGCCACCAGGUCUUGAGUUUAAUACCCCAGUAUAGAUGGUACUGCUGUCAAGAGAGAAGCCAAAAGCAGAUAGCACCCUCUGCUGGAGAAAAGAAAGUUUUGCUUUUAUUGCACCCAUGUAUUGCUUUUCGCCUGCAUUGUGAGGCAUUGUUACGUCCCUGCUGAAAGGUUUCUCUGUAUCAGAUUUCUUUAAUCUUUAAGAAAGCCGUUUGUUGUUUAUCUCAUAGAAUUCAACAUGACAAAACAUAAUAAUUUACGUUAAUACUCCAUCAAAGGGAUAUGGAAAUUUAAAAUGACAUUCAACUUUUUUUUUUAACUAAGGAGAAACACUAAAAAUGUUACCUGACCUAUUCAUGUUUUCAGAACAUGCUAAAUGUCUGUUUAUAUAAGUCAUGCUGGUAAACAUACUGGCCACUAUCUUGAAGAUAUUUCUCACAUAAACACAGUCAAUUAAAAGACAGAUUGAGCCUUUAACUUUGCUGAAUGGCCAUGGUGUCCUCUUUCAUGAUCACUGCCUAUGUCUGACCAGCAGGUGGUGCUGCACUCAUCUUUAAAUGUUGCAUUGGGAUUUUUUUUAAUCUAUUUUCACUCUUGAAAUACUGGUUUCUAUUUUUGUACAUUUUCAGAUAUGAAGUUUGUUUACUUAAGAAUAUUUUCCUGUAUUCACAAGUGGCCUUUAUGUUUCAACACUAGAUAUUUAACUUGGGAGAAACGAUUUAUAGCUAGUCUGAAAAUGGAUGUUUUUAGCUUUGAUGACACCUAGGAGGGAGUGGAUUUACAGCAUCAUCUUGCAGUAUGUAAUUGAUCUGACAAAUCCAGUCAGCAUACAUUCCUUUAAAUGCUGUUAAAUCAAAGUCUCAUAAGACCUCUGUGCAAGAAAACAAACAACGGUCUCUUUUCAUGGUGUAUGUGGCCAUUAUUUGUAAAUAUCAACAAUUCAACUGUUAGGAUUUUGAUGAACUUGUAAUCAGAGAAAGAUUUAUUUCUGAUCAUGUGGGAGAUUCUUAAUGUUUGUUUCUGAUAAUAAAUGCCUGACAUACUUUUCCAACUUCAGUCUCAGCCUGUUAAAUAAAGUGUGACAGUGAAAGUUGUUUCUGUCCUUCAGGGCGCCGGUUUAGCUAAGUGGGUAGAGCAGACGCCCAUAGACAGAGUCUGUAGUCCUCAACGCACUGGUCUCAGCAACCAUUUGCAAUCUCUGUGCUGUUUGGUGCUCAUCUUCCCCCUUCUCUAUCACAUGUAUUUUUAGGUUUUGAUUGAGUCACUUUUUUACUUGUUUUAAAUUUAUAAAUCUGACUGUAAGAACAAUGCACUCUGAUUCCAGUGUAUUGGUAUAAAUGAAAGGAUCAGUUCAAUUCACUUCACUUCUUUGUAUGCUUUUAUCCAAACACACAGAGACAUACCUGUCAGUGACUUCAUGGGAUACUGCUGUGAUGAUUUCAAGUAAACCAAAGGAUGUGAAGUCACGACAGGUCCAGGUUGAAUUACUUGUGGACUUACAACCAAAACAGGCCAAUUAUAUUAAAAAAAAUCAUACUGUACAGUAUGUGCUAAUAAAGACUUAAACUAUGGCAACCAAAUAUACAACAUGUUUAUUUCUGCUUUAAGAAUGUUUAUUUUAACGUGGGUCAUGUAUGGGACCUUCAGUGCUUCUGCAGAGAGAUGUAAGUGGAAACUCAAAGAACUAAAGUUUUUCUUUUCUGUUUCAAAUUUCGUUUUUUUGUAUUUUUAAACCACUUUGCAUCCUUUUUUCCAGCCAUUUUUGCUCCAUUUAACUUUAUAUUCAAUUUUUGCUGCUAUUACCUCAUAUUUGCCACUUUUUAACGGCUUUUCACCAUUUUUCCUCCUUAUUUGAACUGCUGUUUUCACUUUCCAGUACUUUUUACAGCCAAUUUUUGCCACUUGUUGAAACCUACCUUUGUGCUAUUUUUGCUUCUUUUUGCAAUUAUUACAUCAAAUUACCUCAAUUUUUUUCAGUUCUUUCUACUUUAUUCUCUAGCACCCUGACGUUCAUUCACAUUAUGGCGUUGAUAAAGUCUGACAUUACUUUCCAAACAGUUUAGUUCAAUGUACCCAUCCACAUGGUUAAAAUCACACAAAAAGGUAAUUCUGUUUAAAGAAAAAGGGGUUUACAUCUUGAAAAAGACUUUUGCUGACCUCUAUGGGCCCCAGAAAGCUCUCCCUUUUAUGCUCCUUGGACAGUCUUAGAGCACACAAAAUGUUCCUUAAAUGUAUGUAACAACAGAAUGUGAUGUUUAUGAAUGUAAAAAAUAAUCAAAUAAUCUCCUUUUAUCUUGUAACUUGUACUAAAUUAGGGUUGUCGUCUUUGGGAAGCUUUUCAUGUUGAGUUGCAAUGUCAUAAUUGCCAAGGAGGCAUUUGCAGUUCCUGCUUAUUUAAUGAGUCACUUCCCGUUGUGAAAUCGUUAAUUUCUAAAACAACACAAUAAAGCUUUGCUACGUUUGGACACAAACAGAAAACCCACUUCUUAAAGUGGAGGCCGACUCCCAACAUGCCUCUGUUUGCUAAAUGUAAAGUUUCUUUUCGGUUUGAGCAGCCCAUUUUUUAUGUUAGGGAUCUUUUUAUCUUCCUGAAACAAACACAACAAUGAAUAAAUAAAGC